AUGAAUGAAGAAAUAUUAAGUAAAUAUGUUUCUAACAAUACUAUAAAUAAUACACCUUAUAAUAAUUAUUUUUGUACGAAAAAAAGAAAUAAAAUGAAAUAUGAAGACAAUACAGAAAAUGGCCAUGUAAAUAAAAAAGCAAAGUUGUCAUUGUAUGAAAAUUUUGAAUUAAUAAAAAAAAAAAAAUUAAAUGAAAAUGAUGUAUGUAUAGACCAUUUUAAGGAUAUGGAAAAGUAUAUUGAAAGAAUACAAGAAUUAAAAAGUAUAUAUGAUUUUCUUUUUGAUGAUAAUUUAAGUAAUAGUCAUGAUAUUUUAUGUGUUAACAAAAAAUUUUGUAGCAUUGAACUUAAUGAUAUUAUUGAUAAAAAUAUUUUCUUUGAUGAUCCACCAGAAAAUUGUAAUUUAUCUAACUAUGAAAAAACAAAUAUUAAUAAUACUAAUGCAUUAAUAAAAAAAAAAAGGAAAGAAGGAAAUAAUAAAAAUAUUAGUGAAAAUAUAAAAGAAAACUUAGCUUUAGUAAAUAAUAUAAAUAAAAAUGAACAAUAUUUACAAUUAAAGAGUGAUAAUCUAACAAUAGGUAAAAAAUUCUUGAAUAGUGUAUCUAAUCAAUUGUUGUAUAUUGAUGAUUUAUCUAUGUAUGAUGUUUUAUUAUUAUUUUCUUUUGUUAUUCAAUUGCAAAAUGAGCAAAAAAACAACGAAAAGGAAGAAAGAAGUUUAGAAAUAAUUGCAAAUAUUGAUGAAUUUAAAACUAAUUCCUAUUGCUUAAAAGAAAUAUAUAAAUAUUAUUAUAAAGAAAGGAGUUUUCAAUGCUUUACAUGUGGCCUACGGUUUUAUACAAGUUUAGACAAAUUAAAUCAUAUAGAAAAUCAUUAUAAAAAAAAUAAAAAUUACAUGAACAGUUCAGAAAAAACGGGUAUAAUUAAAAAUAAAAAAAAUAGCAUUUAUCUUGACCAUGUAAAUUUAUCUAUUGAAUUUUUUAUAUGUAAAAAUUAUUCUUUUCUUGAAGAUUUAUAUGAUAAUGUUGUUACUAAAAAUAGUAACUCCAUUAAUUUUCAAAAUUCUUUUGAUUCUAACAUAAAAAAUAGUUUUGAUAAUUAUAAUAAUAUAAAUAAUUUACUGAAUCUUAAGAGAGAUAGUAAUUUGAAUAAUCAAAUAAAUUUAAGUAGUGAGAUAAAUUUUAAAAAUGAUAAGUAUGAUUCUAAUAUUGAAAUAAAUUUGAAUAAUCAAUUAAAUUUAAAUGAUAAAAAUAAAGUUAUUUCUAAUAAGAAUAAUGACGAAAAUAAUGAAAGUAUUUCAUUUUAUAUGAAUAAUGAAAAUAUAUCAAGUGAAGAAAAUAAUAUGUGUACAAAUGAUAAAAACAUUGAAAAUAUAUUUGAUUUUACUAAGAAAUGCAAUGAUAUCGAUAGUUUUUAUUAUUCAAAUCAGAAUGUAUCAGAAAAAAAUAUUAAAGAAAAAAACAGAACCAAUUUGGAAAAUGAUAUAAAAAGUACUUCAGAUAAUAAUAAUAAAAUUAACUGUUUUGAUUUUAUAUAUGGUAAUCAAAAUACUUAUGAUGUUUAUUUAUCGAAAUAUUAUACUAUUACUGAAGAUAAUAAUGUACUUAUAAAUUAUAUAGAUGGGGUUACUAUGUAUAAAAAUAUUAUGAAAUGUUUAGAAAUAAAAGAUAUUUUGAGUUAUGAUUUUCCUUCUUGGAUUCCUAAAAGAAGUAUAGAUAGCUUUUUUAUUAAAAGAGUUACAGAAAUGAAUCAAAAUAUAGGUAAUCAAAAAAAUGUUAGUAACAUUUCAAUAAAUAAAAGCACGAAUAAUUUUUUCACUAAUAACAAUAGUGAUAAUAAUAAAUACAAAGAAAAUUUAGGUAUGCAAAAUAAUAUAUGGAAAAUUUGUACAAAAAAUGAUUUCUAUGUUAGCAAAAACCUGUCUCCAUUAAAUGUUUUUUUAUCAACAUCAAGAGGAUUUAAUAAUAAAUCAAAUGAAAUAGAAAAUGUUGCAUUUCAUAAGAUAGAUAAGAAAAAUUUAAAUAAUAUAACAAAUUUUAAUACUUUCUUUAAAGGUAUUAAUAAUAAUUUAAAAGAGAAUAAAUGCAUAUUAAAUUUGGAAGAAGAACAAAUUUUUACUAAUAAGCAUACAUUAAAAUCACAGCAAGUAGAUAUACAGGAGAGUAAAGGGAAUGACAUUUUAAAAAGUCAAGAGUUGUAUUCCGAUUCUAUAUUUCAAAAUAUUCUUCGUUCUUUUCUUAAUAUUUUUAAUGAAAAAUAUUUUUUACAGAAUAAUGUUUUUAAACAUAUUUUUCUUUUCUAUUUAAGAAAAUCUUAUUUUUUAAUGCUUAAAAAUUUUGAAAACAACGUUGAAUUCAACGAAAUUCAAAGUAGACUAUUUAAUUAUAUUUACGAUAAUUAUACUCAGAAAAUAUCUAUAUUUGAUAUAAACAAUUAUCAUCAUAAUAAAUGUAUGUUAUGCAAAGAAGUGUUUUCUUUCGAUUAUUCCUAUGAACAUAAUGAUUUUUAUUAUGUAGAUGUUAUUUCUGUUGACCUAAAUAAUAUUUUUGAAGAUGAUGAAAAAGAAGGUUAUGAUUUUAAUCUAAGUGCAGAUAAAAUAAAUGAAGCAUGUGAAUGCAUAUAUAAUGAAAAAAUAUAUGAUAUAAUAAAUAAUGAAUCAAAUAAUACAGAGGAAUUUUUUAAUACUGAAGAAACAACAAAAAAGGAGAAUAUUAAGGAAUGCUCAUUAUAUGAAUUACAUUUCAAUAACAAAAACGAUAUAAUAUUUAAUUCAAUAAACAUUGAUGAUUUUUUUGAAGAUAUUAAAAAUUUGAUUAAUGAAAAUUGCUUUUUAAGAAGAUCUUACAUAGAAUCAUCUUUAGAUUAUAAUUAUCAAAUAAAAAAUUUCAAAAAAAAGAAAAAAAAGGAUGAUUUCAUUUAUCACUACAAUAACUUAUUUAAAAGUUUUUGUAUUCCUUAUGAAACAUUAGAUAUAUUAUAUAAAUUACAGAAAGAAAGCAUAGAGAAAAAUAAAAUAAGUACCCAAAUAAAAGAUUUCUAUGUAAAAAAAGAAUUCGUAAUUGAAGAAAUUAACACAUUUACAAAAAAUUUUGAAAAUAUUAUUAAUGAUAUAACUGGUGAUUUAUUAGAAAAUUCUUAUAAAAAUAGAAGCAAAAUAAAUUCUUUUAAGGAAAUAAUAAAAAGCUAUAUAUAUUACGAUAAUAAAAAAAAAAAUAUUUAUAGUAGCUUUUACUUUCCUUCAAAAAAUUACAUUCAUACCAACUUUACUUACUUUCACAAAGAAUGCUUUAAAAAUUAUAUAGAAUAUUAUAUAUUGCCAUAUUAUUUUUUAGGAAAAUUAAAUGAUAAAAAAUUUAAAGAAAUAAUUAUAUCAACUAUUAAAAAUUUUUUUAAUGCAUACGAGAAUAUUUGUAAAUUCAUAAACAGAGACAAACAAAACGUUAGUCAUGAAUUAAAAAAACAGAGGAUAAAAAAAGAAAAAAUAAAAAAGAGAAAACAUUUUUAA